ACUUGUGCCUGACUGUAUCCUGCUUUAACUGCUCAACGGAGAUAAAAUAAUCCGCUUGUCCGUUGGCACAAAGGGUGAACAAAUCAAACGCACGUGGCUCCAUGACGGCAGCUCCUGCACAGCAAACCCUGUGCAUGUUAAGCUAGAAACGUACAUUCUGCGCGUUUUACCCGCCUGCGAAAUAAAAAGAAGGUUUUGAGGAAUAGGAGACUAUCUUAUGGUCAAGAUAAUUGAACGGGUAAUACACGCAACUGAUGCCAACCGUUUCAUCAUCUCCUCCUCCCUAAAUGAUAGGAAGGCUUCAUAGACCCAAAGAAAAUAUAUUGCAAAAUAGAUCUGCAGCUCCUGUUUGUCAGUUAACUAAACAGCACCUGAUGGCAACCAGUGCCAAGAGACCGUCCCUGCAGGGUCCUGUGCCACCUCCUCGCAAGAAGACAACCCCCAAACCAGAGCUGACCGAGGAGCAGAAGCAGGAGAUCCGGGAGGCCUUUGAGCUGUUUGACACCGAUGGAUCCGGAUACAUCGAUGUCAAGGAGCUCAAGGUUGCAAUGAGAGCUCUGGGGUUUGAACCAAAGAAAGAGGAGAUCAAGAAGAUGAUUGGCGACGUGGAUAAGGACGGCACAGGGAAAAUCUCUUUCGCUGACUUUCUCUCUGUCAUGACUCAGAAAAUGGCCGAGAAGGACUCCAAAGAGGAGAUCCUGAAAGCUUUCCGCCUGUUUGAUGACGACGAAACGGGCAAGAUCUCAUUCAAGAAUCUGAAGAGAGUCGCCAAAGAGCUGGGAGAGAACCUCACAGAUGAAGAGCUGCAGGAGAUGAUAGAUGAAGCGGACAGGGAUGGAGAUGGAGAAGUGAACCAGCAGGAGUUCCUGCGCAUUAUGAAGAAAACCUGCCUGUACUGAAGGAAGUGCAUGACAACGGGUCUGUUCGUGUGGAGGGCUCCACUGGUGGUUUCACAUGUAAUGCUGCUCAUAUAUCGGUUUUACCUUUCCUUAAAUAUUAUGUUGUGCCAUUCAC